AUGAAGAGAGCCAUCGGUAUGUUGCAAACGGGAGCGACGCAGGAUCACGUUGCCAGGAUCAUGGGCUGCUUCAAGUGCACCAUCGCCAGACUUGUCACACGUCACAGGCAAACUGGCAGUACUGCAGACAGGCCGAGGAGUGGAAGACACAAGGUCACGGCCCCACAUGAAGAUAGUUGUUUACGGGUGCUUCACCUGAGGUCCAGAUUCCUAAAUGUGACGUCAUCAUCAUCCGCAAACAGCCUUGGACAUCCAGUUAGCCGAAGGAUCGUUGCUAGACGACUCCGCCUGUAUGGUCCGCCCGUAUCGACCUUUCAAGGGCAUGACGUUAACGUUCCUACACCGACGUCACACACUGAGAUGGGCCAGGACUGUACAGCAGUGGCAGCACAGAGAAAUUGGCGAGGAGUGCUCUUUGGCGACGAGAGUAGGUGCCAGCUCUUCAAGUCUGAUGGGCGGGUUCGAAUCUACCGACGACGUGGUGAAUGGACGGCAUGUUGUUGCGUCCAAGAAGUGGAGCCUUAUGGAGGUGGUAGUGUCAUGGUCCGGGGUGGCAUCUGCGGGGACCAGAAGACAGAUCUGGUCAUCAUCGACGGAAAUCUCACUGCACGUCGUUACAUGGAUGAGGUAUUGCUGCCUGUGAAACUGCCUUUCCUGCAACGACACCCAUGGACGCUGUUUCAGCAGGACAACGCCACCCUCUCACAGCUCGAGUCACUAGCGACUUUCUGA